UGGCGCCGGUCAUCGAAGAAUGUAGGAGAGACUGAAAUAUUGAUCGCUUGUCGUGGAUAUUUCUGCUCCGAUUCGACAGGGCAGCCUGUCAGGAUUUUAAUAAUACCCAUCAUAUUUUACCCCCAUCAAGUUAUUUUCGCCGGUUGAAGUUGUUUGAAGAUAGACCUCAGACCCGAUGUAUCCGUCAUGGGGUCGGUAUGGUGGGGGAGGGGCACACCUUCCGUAUUAUGGCGGAGCCGCUCAGCCUCCACUACCACCAGGGCCCCGUGUGCCGGGCCCGGGCAUGGUGGUUGGCGUUGGUUCCACCCUGAGCCCUACCACCGUACCCCCGCCCGUCCCCGGGGCCGGUUUAGCGUCCAACUUCCAGACCCUCCGGCAACAGCACCUUCAGCAGAUGCAGCAGCUGCAACAAAUGCACCAGCAGCAGUUACAGUCGGUGCUGCAGCAUCCUGCCCAUCAAAACCUUCCACCUCCGUCCAUACCGCCUCCACCAUUGCCGCCUCAUCUACAGCAACCUCCACCGCCUCAGAAUCUCUGGGACACCAGCAAUACCCAACUAACUCAGACUAACCAACCCACUCAACAUCCAGAUUUCUCCUCCGUGGCUUUACAGUCAGCUACUGCGAGUACUCUGACAACACCUGGUGACAAGAAGUCCAGUGAUUUUUCCAAAGCAAUAAAUGGCUCCUAUCAGCAGCAGCAGUAUUGGUAUCAGCAGCACAUGCAAAACCUACAGAAGCAUGGGAACAAACAGUAUGGAGGACAGCAUGAACAGAACCAGAGUGAUGAAAUGAAUCAGAGCAGUGAAUCUGUGCAACAGAAAGCAGAUGAGGCCAAAACUCCUUAUACUACUCAGCCGCCAUUGCCACCAGCUCCACCUUAUGAGGCUCCCAAAACACAACCACCACCUCCACCACCCAAAGAGGAGAUACCACCCCCACCACCACCUGAAGAAGCAAAGCCUACUAUCCAACCUCCAGAGAAUCCAGAGGAAGCAGAAAGAUUGAAAAUGUUGCAGGCAGCUGCAGCUCAAUGGCAGCAACAACGCAUAGAAUAUCAGCAGCAGAACAUGAUGCAACAACAUAAUCAACUACAGCAACUCCUGCAACAGUACCAGCAGUUGAUGCAGCAAAUACAGCACAUACAGUCACUGCCUCUCGAGAUGCAGCUGAGGCACUUAGAAAUGCAGCAGCAACAGUUUAUUCCUCUGUAUCAAGAAUGGCAGCGACAGUUCCAGAUCUGGAAGGCACAGCUCCAAGCAUAUCCGAAUAAAGAUCAACUCCAACAGUAUGAAACUCAGUGGAACCAGUGGCAAGAGCAAAUGGUAUCAACAAAUCAUCAUUUCCAGGAAAGAAUGGAUGCUCUCAGAAAUGUUCAACAGCAGUACAUGAACAGUCAAUCCCAGAGUUAUUUGGGAAAUACAUCAAGCAGUCUGAUGUCUCAGGCUGCACCAAUGCCACCCAUGGGAUUGCCUCCGACACCACCAAUUGCUGGUUCUUCUGUAGUUUCAACACAAGUAACAGCAACCUCACCAGCAGAUCCAGCUUCUUCAGAACCAGAAAGCUCACCUGUUUCCAGGGCACUUCCGGUGGUGUCUCAGGCCCCACCAUCAUUAUCUCAAACUCCUUUGCCAGUGACUCAGGCACCUCCACCAAUAACAAUGGUACCCCCACCAAUAACUGUGCCGCCUCCACCAUUGACUAUGCCACCUCCACUUAUGAAUAUACCUCCUCCACCAAUAAAUCUGGCCCCUCCGCCGGUCUCUCUGGCCCCUCCGCCGGUCUCUCUGGCCCCUCCGCCGGUCUCUCUGGCCCCUCCGCCGGUCUCUCUGGCCCCUCCGCCGGUCUCUCUGGCCCCUCCGCCGGUCUCUCUGGCCCCUCCGCCGGUCUCUCUGGCCCCUCCGCCGGUCUCUCUGGUCCCUCCACUGGUGACGCAGACCCCACCGCCAGUUUCCCAGGGUCUGCCAUCAGCAUAUCAGGCUGCUACCCCAGUUUCCCAGAACACUACAGCUAUCACAGAACAGAAGAGACCUUUAAUUCCAGGACCACAUGCUGAAGUAAAAGCAUCUUCUUCAAGUUCAAAUAUUCAUAAUAGUCGAUUUGCGACAUCUGGGAUUAAGUCAUCUGAGCUAUUGCAAACUGGAGACCACAGGAUGUCAAGGUUCGAUGGACCACAUGGCAGAGGAAUGCAAAAAUUUGAAGGACCAGGAGAAAAGGGAAGUGCUCAUUCACGUUUUGAUUUAAGGUGCUCUCGAUUUCAAGGCCACCAAUUUGAAGUAUCCCAGACAAGAUUCGAAGGACAGGCUUCAGGCCAGCAUGUUGAGGAUGAGACUGCAAGCCAGCACACUGAGAAUAAGCCUGCAGUUCCAGUUGUUGAGAGUGAACUUGUAAGUCAGUUUGUCAAGGAUUCAGCUAUGGGUCAGCAAGUAGAUGAUGAAGUCCCGAGUCACCAACAUGAAGCUGAGGCUUUGAAUCAGGUUCCCAGUCUUGAAAAGCAGCCUCCUGGUAAUCGUUUUGAAAAGCAGCCUCCAGGCAAUCGUUUUGAAAAGCAGCCUCCUGGCAGUUGCAUUGAGAAACAGAGUUCUGGUACUCCCAUUGAAAAUAAGACUCCCAAUAAUCGAUUUGAGAAACACGAUCCUGGUGAUCUUACAGAGAAAGAGGGUCAAGAGAAGGUGGGUCUGAGCAGUCGCAUUGAGAAGCAGUGCCCUGGUACUGGCCCUGAGAAGGAGGGUCCCAGCAGCCAUCUUGAGAAGGGGGGGGACAGUCAAGUUGAUAAGGAAGAUCUGAGUCCAGGUGGUCAUGUCAAAACGCAGGACCUGGCAACUUGUGUUGAGAAACAAGAUAGUCGCUUUGAAGAGCAGAUGCCUGGUGUUCGCCUAGAUGAACAGGGUUCAGAUAAUACCCUUACGAAGCAGAGUCCCAGUAAAUGCUCUGAGGUGCAGAGCCAUAGCAACAGUAAUCACACUGAAAACCAGGAUGCAGAUAGCUGCUUCGAGAAGCAAGUUACUAGUAUAGGUGUUGAGCCACAAGGAUCAGUUAAUCGUUUUGAUAAACCGAGUCCAAGUAAUCCCAUUGAGACCCAGGAUGGUCUCAUUGACUCGCAAGACCUCAGCAAUCGUUUUGUAAGCCAGGGACAAGCAAAUCAAAAUGAAGAUCAGAUUCUUGAAGGCCUGGACAGCAAUCGCUCUGAUGGCCCAGGGAGCAAUCGCUGUGAUGGCCCAGGGAGCAAUCGCUCUGAUGGCCCAGAGAGAAAUCGCUUUGAUGGUCUUGGGAGCAAUCGCUUUGAUGGCCCAGGCAGCAGUCGUUUUGACGGCCGGGGGAGCAGUCGUUUUGACGGCCCAGGGAGCAAUCGCUUCAACGGCCCAGGGAGCAAUCGCUUUGAUGGCCAGGGGAGCAAUCGCUUUGACGGCCAGGGGAGCAAUCGCUUUGACGGCCAGGGGAGCAAUCGCUUUGACGGCCAGGGGAGCAGUCGCUUUGACGGCCCGGGGGGCAGUCGCUUUGACGGCCCGGGGAGCAGUCGCUUUGACGGCCCGGGGAGCAGUCGCUUUGACGGCCCGGGGGGCAGUCGCUUUGACGGCCCGGGGAGCAAUCGCUUUGACGGCCCGGGGGGCAAUCGCUUUGACGGCCCUGGGAGCAAUCGCUUUGACGGUCCGGGGGGCAAUCGCUUUGAUGGCCAAGGGGGCAAUCGCUUUGACGGCCAGGGGAGCAAUCGCUUUGACGGCCAGGGGAGCAAUCGCUUUGACGGCCCGGGGGGCAAUCGCUUUGACGGCCCGGGGGGCAAUCGCUUUGACGGCCCGGGGAGUAAUCGCUUUGACGGCCCGGGGGGUAAUCGCUUUGAUGGUCAAGGGGGUAAUCGCUUUGAUGGUCCGAGGAGCAAUCGCUUUGAUGGCCAGGGGAGCAAUUGCUUUGAUGGCCCAGGGAGCAAACGCUUUGAUGGCCAGGGGAGCAGUCGCUUUGAUAGCGCAGGGCACAGGGGUCACUUUGAGGGCCAAGGCCCAGGAGGUUGUUUUGACGGUCCAGGCUCCGAGGGUCACUUUGAGGGGCCUGGACCUGGGGCGCCCUUUGAUGGUCCAGGACCCAGGGGCCGCUUUGAGGGGCCUGGGCUGGGGAAUCGCUUUGAGGGCCAGGGACCCAGGAACCACUUUGAAGGCCAGGGUCCCGAGAGAUACUUUGAGGGCCAGGGGCCUGGGAAUCGCUUUGGGGGCCAGGGUCCCAGGGAUCGGUUUGGGGGGCAGGGACCGGGAGGCUGCUUUGAAGGCCAGGGCCCUGGGGGUCGCUACGGAGGCCAGGGUCCUGGAGAUCACUUUGGGGGCCAGGGACCCGGAGAUCGCUUUGGGGGCCAGGGUCCCGGAGAUUGCUUUGGGGGCCAGGGACCAGGAGGCUGCUUUGAGGGCCAGGACACUGGGGGUCACUUUGAGGGCCAUGGUCCUGGAGGCCAGUUUGAGGGCCCAGGCCGCGGGGGUCGUUUUGAGGGCCCAGGCCGCGGGAGUCGUUUUGAGGGCCCAGGCCACGGGGGUCGUUUUGAGGGCCCAGGCCGCGGGGGCCGCUUUGACAGCCCUGGCCGCGGAGGUCACUUUGAGGGCCAGGGAGCAUUCAAGGGUCGCUUUGAUGGCCAGGGGGCCUCUGGGGGUCGCUUUGACAGUCAUGGGGGCCCUGGAGAUCAUUUUGAGGGUCAGGGACCUGGAGGUCACUUUGAGGGUCAGGGGCCAGUUGAUGCUUUUGAAGGCCAGGGACCUGGGGGUCGUUUUGAGGGCCAGAGCCGCGGAGGUCGCUUUGAUGGCCAGGGCCGAGGAGGUCGCUUUGAUGGCCAGGGCCGAGGGGGUCAUUUUGAGGGCCGGGGCCGCGGGGGUCGCUUUGAGGGCCAAGGCCGAGGGGGUCGUUAUGAGGGCCCUGGCCGGGGGGGUCGCUUUGAUGGACAGGGCCGAGGGGGUCGCUUUGAUGGCCAAGGCCGGGGAGGUCGCUUUGAUGGCCAAGGCCGUGGAGGUCGCUUUGAGGGUCAGGGCCGGGGAGGUCAUUUUGAGGGCAGGGGUUCAAACGUUCAUUUUGAAGGCCAGGGUCCUGGAGGGCAUUUUGAGGGGCCAAGUCAGGGAAGGCACUUUGAAGAACAGGGUCCAAUGGCCCGUUUUGAAGGCCAGGAACGUGGGGGUCGCUUUGAUAACCUGCAUCCAGGGGCUCAUUUUGAAGAGCACUCAGCUAGUCAUGGGCAACAUGUUGAUGGUUAUAGUACAACAUCGCAUUUUGACAGCCAGGGACAGUCUUUUGAAGGUCCUGGUGCUUCUGAGUGGUUUCAGCAUUCAGGUCAAGGGCAACACCUUGAAAGCCAGGGACAAGGGCAACGUCUUGAAGCCUCUGGUGCAAAGUUUCAUAGUUCACGGUUUGACAGCCCAAAAGGACCAAGAUUAACUGGGCCCCGUGGGCAUUUCCCCACUGGACCAUCUGGUUCAAGACCCAAAGGCCUUCAAGUUAGAACCGAACAAAUGGGACAAAGUUUAAAAGGGCCCCAGUCUUCUCAUCCAACAUUAGAACAAGUUGAGGAUCAAAUAAAACAAACUGGAGUCCAGGAGCAAGAGACAGCAGCUGUAGGCAAAGAUGUAAAACAAAAUGCUGAUAAAAUAUCACCAGCUUCAGUGGAACAUAAAGAUGAAAAAAAUCUUUCCCAUACACCAUUGGCUGCUACAAGUCAUAAAAAUUCAGAUUCAUCUGGAACUAAAGAUUUGACAAAAAGUGUUGAUUCAUCUAAAUCACAUGAAAUUCAGAAGAAAGCAGACAAUUCUGAGUUAGCAACUUCUUCAGUAACUGCCACUCAGGACCAAAAAGAUCCAGUUGUGCAAAAUGUACCUAAAACACUACCUUCCAAUUCAUCAGCUGCCGCAAAAGCUGUAUCUGAGAAAUCAGAGCCAAAAAAUGUAGAUACCAACAAAAAGUUUGAAUCUGUACCAUUGCAUCCAAAUAAUGAUCGAGCAAAAGGCCCAGAGCAUCGGCAACACGUUGGCAAAGAUUAUUCCUCUAUCCGUAAAAAUGAUGUUGACAGUAAUAAAGAUGUUCCAGAAAUAAGACCAUUGCUACAUCACAGGAUAGACAUUCAGGGACAUUGGCAUCAGGAGGAAGGUAGAUCUUUGGAUGAUCAUUUCUCUGGACCAAGGGGAGGUCCAGCUUUUGAAAGAGAGAGAACUCUAUCUUGGGAAAGGGGAAAUUGGACUGACACUGGCUCAGAUUUUUGGGAUGAAAGAGAUCCAUUUAGAAGAGAGGAGUGCUCACUUCUUCGGCGACCACCUCUGCCUCAUGAAAUUUUAGACAGAAGGGAAAUUCGAGCUCCACAUCAAAUUGAAGGGUUUGACAGAGGCUUUGACAGAGAAUUUGAUAGGAGUGGAAGGUCACGUGAACAUGGUUUUAACAGAGACAAUGAACAUGAUAGAGAAUACUUCCACAGACGAGAAGAAUGGGACCUUCGUGGUCCUGGAAGGGACUUUUCUCCUUUACACCCUCGGCCAGACAGAUGGAGAGAGGAGCAGUGGAGGGAUGAAAAGGAACGGAGCUACCAUCAUGAACAAGAACGGGAAAUGUGGGGUCAGGACUAUGCAGAGAGGCCAGACUGGAGGAGGGAUGAACGUGAUUUUCCUCCAGAAAGGCUUGGCUGGCAGAGAGAACAGAUGGAUGAAAGAAGAUAUCCAGACACAGACAACAGGCGGUUACCUUUUGACAAUUUGCGUGAGAUGCCAUCACAGACUGGUCCUGUUCGUGCACCUGUUCUACCUGAACAGCCACCAGUGCCUUUCUCUGAAAAACCUAUGGUAGACCAAACACCCGGGGGACAAAAUAUUGUUGCAUUGUCAGAAAGAGAACAUGAAAUCAUCUUAAAAGCAGCGCAAGAACUAAAAUUAUUGCGUGAGCUACAGGAGAUUGAGCGAGUACCUCUUCUACCUAGCAAAACAGAUUCUGCAGGAAUUACUCCUGUAAUUCAAGAUUAUCAGAAUAGUAAAACUGGUCAAGACUUCUAUAAGGAUAUGUCAAGUAAUGAAAGUUCCUUACUUGGCCCUGUACCACCAGAAAAUCCCAUCCAGUCCGAACGUUGGGACACAGAUACAUUCCAUGGUUUGUGGGACUCAGGAACUGAACCCAAAAAUCCUGACUCCAAUUAUGCUUACAGUGAAGCUUCAUCAGUCUCUACCACUCCACUGAACAAACAACCACCUAUUCAGAAAACUGUUGAUUAUGGACAUGGGCGUGAGGUAGGAGGCGGAAGAAUUGAACAGAUCCCUUAUGGAGAACGCGUUUCACUUGGCCCUGAGCCAAUACGAGAACGGAUGUAUGAUAAAGAUUCUCUUGGUCCUCGAGAUCGUUAUGGGGAACGAGAUCAAUUUUUGGAAAGAAGAGAUUCAUUCUUGGAUCGAAGAGACUAUGAUAGAGAGCGUGACCUAUACAGGGACAGGUCAAUGGGAGAUUAUGAGAGGGAAGGAUUUGAGCGUGAGCGAUUUGGGCGUGAGGAUAGAAUGUCUCAUGGCCCACCCACUCGUUCAAGUGGAUAUCACAACUAUCCAGACAAUAAGGAUCACUUCAAUCGAGGGGGUUUUGACAGACCACAGUUUGAUCGUUUAUCUGAUCGACCACCAUUUGAUCACCCACCUGGUGGUUUUGGAGGGGAAAGACGAGGAUACUCUGACGAACGGAUUCCACCCUCAGCCCCACAUCCAUCACAUCCUCCUCCACGUGUUGAAAAGAAACCAGAAAGUAAAAACGUUGAUGAUAUUCUAAAAAUGCCUGGCAGGCAGAGCCGGCCUGACAGAAUUGUAGUUAUCAUGCGAGGACUCCCUGGAAGUGGGAAGACGCAUGUUGCUAAACUUAUUCGUGAUAAGGAGGUGGAGUAUGGAGGAGCUGCGCCACGCGUUCUCAGCCUGGAUGAUUACUUCAUGACUGAGGUGGAAAAAGUAGUCAAAGACCCAGACAGUGGCAAGCGAAUCAAAAAGAAGGUCCUAGAGUAUGAAUAUGAGCCAGAAAUGGAGGACACAUACAGAAGCAGCAUGUUCAAAACAUUCCGGAAAACACUAGAUGAUGGCUUUUUCCCCUUCAUCAUUGUUGAUGCCAUCAACAACAGGGUCAAACAUUUUGAGCAGUUAUGGAGUGCAGCCAAAACUAAAGGCUUUGAGGUUUAUAUUGCAGAAAUGAGUGCAGAUAAUCAGACCUGUGCCAAGAGAAACAUUCAUGGACGUAAACUAAAGGAAAUCAACAAGAUGGCUGAACAUUGGGAUUCAACUCCCCGUCACAUGCUACGUUUAGACAUCAGAUCACUGCUCCAAGAUGCUGCAAUUGAAGAAGUUGAAAUGGAGGAUUUUGAUCCAAAUACUGAGCAGCAGCCACAGCAACAGGAAGAACAGCAACAAGACGACUCUAAGAAGGAUGCUGCUGAUGAUGAAGAGUGUGAGACGGGUUUCGUGACUAAAAGCAAAUGGGAAAUGGACACAUCGGAGGAAAGUCUAGACAAGCUGGAUGGAUUAAGAAGCAGCAAUAAACGGAAGCGAGGCUGGCAUGACAGCAUUGCACAUCGACUGGAGGAUUACCUUCAGCUUCCUGAUGACUAUAACACUCGUUCUUCGGAACCUGGAAAGAAACGGGUGAGAUGGGCAGACUUGGAAGUGGAGAAGGAUGCUGAGCGAAAACGAGCCAUAGGAUUUGUGGUUGGACAAACAGAUUGGGAGAAAAUAACAGAUGAAAAGGGUGAAUUAGCCCAGAGAGCAUUGAAUCGCACUAAAUAUUUCUAAGAAAAGUAAUUGGACUGUUUUUACAGUGAGGCUCCACAAUAACAGUGGAGAAGGCUGGCAAAAGAUCUUUUGUAGAGAUUGGACAGCCAAGAAAUUUCACAAGUCGUUUUGAGUUUUUCGUUUUAUUUUACUGUUACACUGUACGAGCACUAGACUAUUUAGGUGGUUGACUUAUUAGCAGCCUGUGAGAAUAUUUUUUAAAGGGUUAAUCGAUAGUGUUAUCUAAAACUAAGUUGAAACCACAUUAAUUGUAAUCGAGUGUGUCCUGAGCCUGCUAUCAUGGCUUUGCUUCAUCAGCUCGUGUUUUUUUUUAUAUACUGUAUUGCUGUAUUGUUCCUUUUUCUGUCAUGCCAACUGUAAUUUUAAGGAGCAAUAAAGUUAACUUGAAACCAUGGAA